AUGUUAUUCAGUAAAUAUUAUUUAAAAAAACAAAAGAAAAAUAUUUAUAAUUAUAUAAUAUUUUGUAAAUGGAAAUUUACAAUUAAAUUUACAAUAUUAUUAUCAAUAUUUUCAAUUGGUUAUUAUGAAAUUUUAACUAAAUCAUAUUUUAUUUUAUUUCAAAAUUCAUCAUGGUUUGUAGUUACUUUUUUAUAUGUAGCAUCACCAAGUGUUGGUGCAAGUGGUUUUUAUUGUAUGCGUUUUUUUGGUACUUUAUUAGGAGUAUUCUCAGCAUACGUCGUUGGUGUAUUAUUUUCAUUGGCAGAUUCAGAUGGUACUAAAGGUUUAGCAUAUAUUGCGUUAACUUUUACAUUAGUAUUUUCAAUACAUUUCUUUGUUCGUGGUAAACCAAUUCAAUCAUUUGGUAAUUUCUUUAUUCUAUCCUAUGCUACUAUAACUUUUCCAGAAUAUACUGAAGAUCAUGCACUAAUAAUUACAAGCAUUUCAUAUAUCAUUAGCAGUGUUUGUAAUUAUGUUAUCUUCAAUUCUCAUCUUACCAUAUUAUGA